AUGUUUAAGUCUGCUGUGUGGAACAUUAGAGGCCUUAAUGAGGUCUCUAAAAGAAAUGAAGUGAAAAGGUUAAUUGCUGAGAACAAUCUUGAUUUAUGUUCUAUUAUUGAAACCAAUGUGUGCGCAGGAAAGCUUAAGGAGAUCUGUGAUGGCAUUUUUGGUAGUUGGUUUUGGGUCUCAAAUAAUUCGGUUUGUGCUGGUCGUACCCGAAUUAUUAUUGGAUGGAAUCCUUUUAAAAUUAAAAUGGUUUUUCAUGAGUUUUGCAGUCAGGUGAUUCAUGCCCAAGUCCAUCUCAUAGAUGCAAAUUUGAAGUUUCAUUGUUCUGUGGUCUAUGCUGCUAAUAAUAUCAUUGAUAGAAGGCAAUUAUGGGAUUCUAUCAUUUUUCAUAAUCAGUUGGUGAAUAAUGAAGCUUGGGUGGUCAUGGGUGAUUUCAAUGUUGGGCUAAAUCCUAGUGAUAGUUCCAGAGGCUCUUCUGUGAUAUCCAGGGGUAUGCUUGACUUUAGAGAAUGUUUGAAAGAUGUUGAUCUGGAAGACAUUAAUCAGUCUGGGAUAAAAUUCACAUGGGUUCAGAAGCCUAUGUCUGAUUUGAAUCAAAGGGUUGUUGGUUCUUCCUCCCUUAAGCCUCGGCCUUUUAAGUUUUGUAAUCACUUGACUGACUGUCCUGGCUUCUUACCUUUGGUUGCCAAGGUCUGGGACAGAGUUUUUAUUGGUUGCUGCAUGUUCUCUGUUGUCUCUAAAUUGAAAGAUGUAAAAAAAGGGAUAAGGAAACUUAAUUCUGAUCAUGGGAAUGUGGUUGAUAAUGUAAAAAAGCUAAGAGUUGAACUUGGCAGAGUUCAAUCUGAUGUUGAUAAUAAUCCUGAAGAUGGUGACUAUCGCCUGGAAGAAUCUGUUUAUUUGAAAUCUUUGAAGAAUGCUUUAAUUGAUGAAGAACGAUUUCUGAGGCAAAGAGCUAAAGUCCAUUGGUUAAGGGAUGGUGAUGCUAAUACGGCAUAUUUUCACAAAGUGGUUAAAAGCAGAAUUAAUACGGGCAGAAUUGAUGAAGUUGAGGAUAUGAUGGGGAACAGAUUUAUGGGGGCUGCUGUUGCGGACCAAUUUGUCUGUCAUUUCAAGAGUAUAUUUGGCACUUGUGAGAAUGUUGAAAACAUUGCUGAUCCAAAGUCUCUUUUUACAAAAAAGCUUUCAAAAGAGCAAGCUGAUUUCAUGGUGAGACCUAUUGAGAAUAAGGAAAUAAAGGAUGCCUUGUUUGAUAUUGAUGAAGAUAAAGCCCCUGGACCGGAUGGUUUCUCUUCUCGAUUUUUCAAAAAAGCUUGGCCUAUUAUUGGUAAGGAAGUCUGUGAUGCUGUUCAACAGUUCUUCUUCAAUGGAAAACUCUUGGGUGAGGUCAAUGCUACUGUGAUCUCGCUUGUCCCAAAAAGUCAAACCCCUAAGAAUGUGGCUGAUUUUCGUCCUAUUGCAUGUUGUAACGUCAUCUACAAAUGCAUUAGCAAAGUGUUGGUUGGAAGAAUUAAAGAUUCUCUGGAUUGUAUUGUGGACCCUAAUCAAUCUGCUUUUAUCCCUAAUAGGCAGAUUAGUGACAAUAUUCUGCUGGCCCAAGAGCUAAUGAGAGGUUACCAUAGGCAAAGGGGAAUGAGAAGAUGUGCGUUUAAAGUUGAUAUACAGAAAGCGUAUGAUACUGUAAAUUGGAAAUUCUUGGACUCUAUCUUAAAGAAUUUUGGCUUUCAUCCUUGCAUGGUGGCUUGGAUUAUGAAGUGUGUCUCUUCUGCUUCUUUCACUAUUCGAGUUAAUGGUGUUCAUCAUGGCUUCUUCCCUGGUAUGAGAGGAAUCAGACAAGGUGACCCUCUUUCACCGUAUCUUUUUACGUUGGUUAUGGAGAUUUUGAUGUUACUUGUUAAAAGGAGUAUUUUUGAGAAUGAUGAUUUUAAGUUCCAUCCAAAGUGUGAAAAACUGGCUUUAACUCACUUGUGUUUUGCGGAUGAUUUACUUAUGUUCUGUCAUGGUGAUGUUUCCUCUGUGACUGUUUUGAAGAAGGCUUUGUUAGAAUUUGGAAGAGUUUCGGGUUUAAAACCAAGUAUGGAGAAAAGUACCUCUUAUCUGGGUAAUGUUGUUGGCCUUAACAGAAUGGAGAUUUUAAAAGUGUUACCUUUUAAAUUGGGAUGUCUUCCGGUAAAGUAUUUAGGGGUCCCUCUGUUGUCUACUAAAUUGUUCCACAAGGAUUGUUUGGGGCUCAUUGAUAAAGUUCGAAGAAGGAUUGGGGAUUGGAAAAACAAAUGGCUGUCAUUUGCGGGGCGUCUUCAACUCAUUAACUCUAUUUUAUCGUCCAUUAGUGUCUACUGGGCGUCAAUGUUUUUACUUCCUAUUUCAGUUGUGAAGGAGAUUGAAAAGAUGAUGCGAGGCUUUUUAUGGAACAAGGGUGACUUGGAAAGAGGGAAAGCAAAAGUUAAUUGGAAAACGGUUUGUCUUCCAAGAUCUCAUGGUGGGCUGGGAAUCAAGGACUUAAGAAACUGGAAUAAGGCCCUCUUAGCUAAACACAUUUGGAAAUUGAUUGAAAAAGGAGAUUCGCUAUGGGUUAAGUGGAUUCACGAAUAUCGCUUGAAAGGAAGGAAUUUUUGGGAAGUGGGUGAAGUUCAUGAUGCUACAUGGUUUUGGAGGAAAGCUAUCCGGAUUAGAAAUAGCUUUAGAGAGCAUAUUAUUCAUCAGUUAGGUGAUGGUGGUGAUACUUCUCUUUGGUAUGAUUUUUGGCAUCCUGUGGGUCCUCUUUGUAAUUUAAUCCCUAAAAGAGAAAUCUACUCUGCAAGGAUGGAUCUGAAGUUGAAGGUCAGAGAUGUUGUCAUAGAUGGUUUAUGGUCAUGGCCUAUGGAGAUAUGGAACAAGUAUGGGGAAAUUCUUCAAUUAUAUUUGCCUACUCUUAUUGAGGGAACCAGAGAUAAAGUUCGGUGGAAAAACAAGAAGGGUGUUCCUUCUGAGUUUAGCAUUGCUACUGUUUGGAAGGAUAUCAGAGUUGAGGAGAGUCCGGUGAAUUGGGCUCAAUUGGUUUGGUUUUCUCAUGGGGUUCCUAGGCAUGCUUUUAUUCUAUGGCUUGCGAUUAGGAACAGCUUAAGAACAAAAGACAGAAUUGGAUCGUGGUCCUUGGAUAUUGACCCUAAAUGUGUAAUGUGCAAAGAUGGGUUGGAGUCACAUACUCAUAUGUUUAUCUCUUGUCAGUAUGUUAAAGAGAUUUGGAAUAUUCUGGCAGAUUUUGGGGGUAUUGGUGAUCUCCAGAGAAUCUCUAAGAUUAAUAACAUGAGCUGGGAUACUUUUGUGAUGCAAAUAUGCUCUAAUUCUUUCAAUAAUUCGAUUUGGAGCAUUUUUCAGAGGCUCAUUGUUGCUGCUGUGGUUUACUUUAUUUGGCAAAAGCGUAAUUUCAGAUUACAUCAUGGAAAGGAGAGGACUGCUGCUAUUUUGGCCAAGCAGAUCAUCUCGACUGUAAAAUUAAGAUUGCUGGGUAUGAAGGUUAAAAACAAUUCUCAAACGAGAAGGGCUGCUUCCAUGUGGAAUCUUAAAAUGGGUGAUGAUGGGUUUAUUGCUUUGACCUCUUAUGUCUGA